UCUCCCCAGUGUCCAACAGCCAACAUGUCUAGCAAAAAGGCAAAGACGAAGACCACCAAGAAGCGCCCUCAGCGUGCCACUUCCAAUGUAUUUGCAAUGUUUGAUCAGUCACAGAUCCAGGAAUUCAAGGAAGCCUUCAACAUGAUCGACCAGAACAGGGAUGGCUUCAUUGACAAAGAGGACUUGCACGAUAUGCUCGCCUCCCUUGGGAAGAAUCCGACGGAUGAAUACCUGGAUGCCAUGAUGAAUGAGGCUCCAGGCCCCAUAAACUUCACGAUGUUCCUCACAAUGUUUGGUGAGAAGUUAAAUGGCACAGACCCAGAAGAUGUAAUCAGGAAUGCUUUUGCGUGCUUUGAUGAAGAAGCAACAGGGUUCAUCCAAGAAGACUACCUGCGAGAGCUGCUGACGACAAUGGGCGACAGGUUCACGGAUGAGGAGGUAGACGAGCUGUACAGAGAGGCGCCCAUCGACAAAAAGGGGAAUUUCAACUACAUUGAAUUCACGCGCAUCCUGAAACAUGGAGCAAAAGAUAAGGAUGACUGAGCAAGUACCUGGAUACCUGCAGAUAGCUUCCCCCCACCCCUCCUUUAAUUUUAUUUCUCAGGUUGUGUUUUUUUCUUUUCUUCUUGUUGGGACCUUUUGCAUACAUUUUUAGCAUUCCAGCUUUUUCCUCUGUGGACUCUGGGGCUGCUCGGGCACACCUGCACCUUUGAGUAAGACUGGAAAUGGGCAGGGAGAGAGGACAGCUUAUAGCGAUAGAGGUUUAGGGAGAAAGAUCAGUGAGUGUGGAGGCCCAGGUAAAAAUGUCAGUGCUACUCAUCCUAACUAGAUUAAUUUUACAUUUUUCAUGGUAACUUUUCAAAUAAAACACUGCUAUAUUAAGUACAUCAUUAAAAUUUUCACGCUAGAAGUGGACUGUUUAUCUAAUCAUAUCUGUAAAUAUUUUUGCAACUGUAUGCAGUCGUGUGGUUACCUAUUUUUGCCUUAAAAAUGAAGCAUAAGUCACUUAAGCAAACUGAUGUUUGUACUUCAGCGACUAAGUACUUCACUUACUACUGUGAGCACAUACAAUGAAGAAAUUCCCAUCCUUCAACUUUUAGUACAUUGUAAAUUAAUGAUUUCUGUCCAAGACUUGCACAUUAAACAUUUUAAAUCUUAA